AUGUCACGCUUCUUCGCAAGCCCCGUUCUCGUCUUCUCCUCUGCCAUUGCGCUUAGGGUGGUCCUAUUCUUCUACGGCCUGUGGCAAGACGCCAACUCACCCGUGAAAUAUACGGACAUCGACUACUUCGUUUUUACCGAUGCGGCGCGUUUCACUGCUCACACGCAAGGCUCUCCAUACGACCGGGAAACUUACCGGUACACGCCGCUCCUGGCUUGGAUGCUCUGGCCGACAACAUGGUCCGGCACCUGGUUCUCUUUUGGAAAGGCCCUCUUCGCCGUUGGAGACAUUAUAGCUGGCUGGCUAAUUGUCAUUGUCCUCCAGAGCUCAAAUCAUAUGUCUCUUGAGCGCGCUUUAAAAUUUGCCAGUCUUUGGCUCUUAAAUCCCAUGGUUGCCACUAUUAGUACGAGGGGUAGCUCUGAAGGCCUACUGGGUGUAAUGGUGAUUGCCCUCUUAUGGGCCAUCACCCAGAAAAGGAUAUCACUCGCCGGCGUUCUGCUGGGACUGGGCGUUCAUUUUAAAAUCUAUCCAUUUAUAUACGCUUCAUCUAUUAUCUGGUGGCUAGAUGAUGAGCGAGUCCCUUCACACACAACACCUUCUCGGGCCGAAAGCUCCAGCAUCGUCAGUCUCGCAAUGAAAUUCUGCAACAGCGCUCGAAUCAGACUUGUUGUGAUAAGUCUCCUAACCUUCACAAUACUAAAUACCGUGAUGUACUCGAUGCACAAUUUCUCCCCAUACAACACUCUCCUUUACCUCAGCUCCUCCGGCCUCGGAUCCCUAGCCAUGAACCUUGAAUCCCUAGCCUUCCUCCCACAGCUCUUACUUUCAGCUGUCAUCCUACCUCUCGUGCUAGCAAAGAAGGAUCUCCCUUCCACGAUGCUAGCUCAAACGUUCGCAUUUGUUGCAUUUAAUAAAGUUUGCACCAGCCAGUAUUUCCUCUGGUAUAUGGUAUUCCUACCCUUUUACCUUCCCAACUCUUCCCUCCUGGCAAACAAAUUCCUCGGACUUUCAGUAGCUGCACUUUGGGUGGCGACCCAAGGAUUAUGGUUGCACCAGGGCUUCCAACUUGAGUUUCUCGGGAAAAGCACAUUUGUUCCUGGCCUCUGGGUAGCCGGUAUCUUGUUCUUUCUUACCAACGCCUGGAUUCUUGGGAUCAUCGUUUUGGAUAUCGGUUCUUCUGCUACAAAGUCUGUCAUGAAACCGAAAGCACGUCUAUCAAAGUCAUGA